AGAGAGAGAGAGAGAGAGGGCAGCAGAGGGAGAAAAAGGGCUUAAUUAAUUCAGGGUGGAUGGGAGGGAUGUUGCUGCUGUCCCUGCCGAGGCUCCAGUGCCUCUGUUGUCGUGCUGCAUGUAGCCGCGUGUUCGCGUGAGCAGAGAGGACGACUCGGCUGCUGCCGCUGCCUGCUUGCUGGGAACCAGACACCAGUCCAGCCCAGCCUCGACUCCACAUCCUGGAGCCCUGUGACUGACUGACUGACUGACUGACUGGCCGAAUGUCAGACCAGCUGGGACUAACAGGGAUGUUACAUGGACUAUAGUUGGAGUGGCCAUGGCCAGAGGUCAGGAAAGGCGUGUUGUAUUGCAGACCUGCUGAGAAACUUUGUGCUAUCUCCCAGACAUGAGAAGCAGUUAGUUACUGUGGAAGACAGUCUCCGCACAUCUUUUUGCUUUUGUUUUGUGGCAUUCAGUGUGACAAAUUAAAUAUUUGGAGCACCUCAGCAAUAUUCUAUACUUGAAAGCAACAACCCCUGGCCUCAGCUUAACACUUGAAAACCCCUACUCAGUUGUACAUUCAUCAUCUUUCCAAUUUUCUGCCUCCAGCAGUACCUCAUGUGGCCUCAGUUAUUUCAACUCUCCACCUCCUGUGUGCUCACAAGGUGCUUAUUAUAGAGGCAGAGAUGACAUGCCCAAAGCUCUUUGCCUCAGUCUUAUUAAACAGGUUGACCCACGGAUAACCAUCAAGCCCGUUAGCACGCUCGUGGACGGACACACUCCCACAGACAGAGCCCUGCCCCCUGGCUUCAGGCAGUAUGGGAGACCGAGGCUGGGUAUGUCUGAGCCCAGCUGAGUUUGCCCAGCUGCAACAAUACAGCGAGUACUCCUCAAAGAAGCUGAAGGAUGUGCUCGAGGAGUUUCACGGUGAAGGAGUCCUUUCCAAAUACAAUCCAGAGCAGAAGCAAGACGUUCUCAACCAACCAAUUGAUUAUGAGGGCUUCCAGCUCUUCAUGGCCACUUACCUGGAGAAUGACAUCCCAGAGGAGCUGUGUCAGCACCUCUUCACCUCCUUCAAGAGCAAGACAGGAGGCUGCUCUCCUGAUCAGUCUCGAGCCGGAGCAAGCUUACUGGAAGCCCGUUCCAUUGAUGCAGGCAUCUCUAUACAGACCGAAGUGGCCUGUGCCCCCAUUACAGGGAUGAAUGGGAAAAGCAUCCUGUCUGCAAUGGGCCGUCACACACCGGAGCACUCCAGUGUGAUGAGCACAGCAGGCUCAGGAGCCACCACCUCGCCUUGUUCAUCUCGCUCCUCCUCGCAGCGCUCAGGGACCGGGGCCCAUACACCUGGGGGGCCCCACCGAUCACCCUGCACCCAGGCCAAAACCUCAGAGGGCAGCAGCAACGCCCUGACGCCCAACGCGGGUCCUGCUAGGUCGCCAGUGUCCCCCAAACUGUCUCCAGAGAGGAGCCGCUCAGAGAAGCACUUGUCACUGCGGAGGAGCCCAUCGCCCCAGAAAGGCUCCCCCCUGCCGUCGCCCCAGGUGGUCUUUCUCAAGGACAUCGUCUGCUACCUUUCCCUGCUCGAGAGGGGGACACCGGAGGACAAGCUAGAGUUCAUGUUUCGACUUUACGACACAGACGGCAACGGGGUUCUGGACAGCUCGGAGCUGGAUCGCAUCAUCAAUCAGAUGGUGCAUGUGGCAGAGUAUCUGGAGUGGGAUUCAACAGAACUGCGACCGAUACUGAAGGAGAUGAUGGAAGAGAUUGACUUCGACAAAGAUGGGACUGUCACACUGGAAGAGUGGAUCAGAGGAGGCCUCACUACCAUCCCUUUACUGGUCCUGCUGGGCAUGGACACGAAUGUACAGGAAGAUGGGCAGCAUGUUUGGCGUCUGAAGCACUUCAACAAACCAGCCUACUGUAACUACUGCCAGACCAUGCUGCUCGGAGUCCGCAAGCAGGGCCUCUGCUGCUCCAUAUGCAAGUACACAGUACAUGAACGAUGUGUGUCCAAAGACAUCGCUGCCUGCAUCAGCACCUACGCCAAGUCACGUAGACACACCAAUGCUAUGCAGCAUGUAUGGAUAGAGGGUAACUCUCCCACCAAGUGCGACCGCUGUCACAGAAGCAUCAAGUGUUACCAGGGCCUGACGGGCUUGCACUGCGUGUGGUGUCAGAUCACUCUCCAUAAUAAGUGUGCAUCUAAUGUGAAAGCAGAGUGUGAUGGAGGAGCCUUGAGGGACCACACUCUGUUGCCCUCGUACAUCUGCCCCGUUGUCUUGGACCGUCACUCUGUGGUGAAGCGUGGUGAGGGGGAGUCGCCACCCAGCACCAGCCCCGAUGACGCCAAUCAGACUUUCAAAUUCUCCCCUGGAGACGGACAAGCACUGCAGAUCAGCCCUCUCCCAGGUACUCACCCGCUCCUGGUCAUGGUCAAUCCCAAGAGUGGAGGGAGACAGGGAGAGCGGGUGCUGAGGAAGUUCAGGUACCUCCUUAACCCCAGGCAGGUGUACAGUUUGGAGCAAGGGGGACCAAUGGUAGGGCUCAACUUCUUCCAUGAUGUCCCUGAUUUCCGGGUGCUUGCCUGUGGAGGUGACGGCACUGUAGGGUGGAUCCUCGACUGUAUAGAUAAGGCCAACUUUGCCAGGCACCCCCCUGUGGCCAUCCUCCCUCUGGGCACAGGCAAUGACCUGGCACGCUGCUUACGCUGGGGAGGAGGUUAUGAGGGUGGCAGCUUGCUGAAGUUCCUUCGGGACAUCGAGCACAGUACAGAGGUGGUGCUGGACCGCUGGAACAUAGACAUUGUCCCUGAUGACAAGGAGGAAAAGGGAGACCCUGUCCCUUACUGCAUCGUCAACAACUACUUCUCCAUUGGCGUGGAUGCCUCCAUCGCACAUCGCUUUCAUCUGAUGCGGGAAAAGCACCCUGAGAAGUUCAACAGCAGAAUGAAGAACAAGCUCUGGUACUUUGAGUUUGGCACCACUGAGACCAUAUCUGCCACCUGCAAGAAGCUCAACGAAUGCAUAGAAGUGGAGUGUGAUGGCAUCAUCUUGGACCUCAGCAACACCUCCUUAGAGGGCAUCGCUGUCCUCAACAUACCCAGCAUGCACGGUGGCUCUAACUUGUGGGGUGAGUCGAAGAAGAGGAGGAACUACAACCGCAUGAGCAAGAAGGUUCCUGACCGGAUGCCUGCAAGCACUGUCACAGACGCUAAAGAGCUCAAAUUUUGCAUUCAAGACUUCAGUGACCAGCUGUUGGAGGUGGUUGGGCUGGAAGGGGCCAUAGAGAUGGGACAGAUCUACACAGGGCUGAAGAGUGCAGGACGCAGACUGGCUCAGUGUGCCAACGUCACCAUCAGGACAUCGCGGCGGCUGCCCAUGCAGAUCGAUGGCGAGCCCUGGAUGCAGCCCCCUUGCACGGUCAGGAUCACACACAAGAACCAGGUCCCCAUUUUACUGGGCCCGCCACAGAAGACGCCAUUCUUUUUCUUCAAGAAACGCAACCGGAGCCGGGAUUAGGACACAUGCAUGUGCACACAAACGCAGAUACACACACAUACAGUACACAUAGGCACACACACAUGCCACCCACCAUAUAGGCAGCUCCAUCAGAUGACUGGUGAACUGUUCCCAGGCUGGAGUUAACAAAUGGAACAUUCCAUAAGUCAGGAUGCCUACAAAUAUUUAAUUCCCAAAGGAAGCUGCAAUGAUGGCACCCGAAAUGAAAUGACUAUCUGUCUACAGUAUCGACCUAUUCCUGUGUAACCAUCACCCGCUAGUCUUGUCUCCAUCCCAGUCAUGGAUUUAGUCUCAGCCACUUGCAGCAGCCAAGUCUCUCAGUCCCAGCCGCCCCCUGCCCAAAAAACUCAGCCAUAUGCCAGUACUGCACUGCCUGCUAAACAUGACUUUGGAAGCUGGGAUUCCCUAAAGCCCUUGAAUGGAUAAAGGAAGUGAUAGUGAGGGGAUGGUGAGUUAAAGAAAGAGGUUGCAUGAAGGAGAAAGGAAGCGCUUCAACACACUACAGUAACAAAGGGAAGAAAGUGAGGGUGGCGGGGCAGUAAUCAUGGUUGUUUACAAGGGCAGGGAGUAAAUAGAGCAAGAGCCACCUCUUCUUUAAAACACCUGUAUGAAUAAUGAAAGAGCGGUUGCUUGUAAGGGCGCUCACUCCAGGGCCUCCCCACAGACUGACAGCACAGUACAGCCGAGGAGAGGAGUGGAAAACCUCAUCCAUUAUUGACUUAUUUUGUUUGUGGGUUAUGGCAGUGGGGCUUAACAGUGGCCUGAAAGAGAGGAAGAGAGCUGGAAACACGCAGGGAUUUUAGCCUCUCAGCAUCACUGGCCUACAAAAACAUCCUUCAAACCAUGUCUGCAGGCUGUUAGAUGAUCUGGCUCUAGACCUCAGGCAGAGGAAGGACCUACCUAGCCGUGCACACUUAUCUCUACAUGACUGGAUGGAGUUUAGAUUAAGAGUAGAGAUUUGAGACAAUAGCUGUGUUACGUGGACCCCUGUACACAAAUAGAAAUGAGAAUAAUUGCCCAAUCAGAAUAAAAAAUGCGACUGAUUCAGUCCGACCUAAUCUUUAUCAGUUUUCAAAGGGAUUCAGCCAGAUCGGAAAGGGGUGGUGUGAACUUUCAAUAAUCUGCUCAACAGGAAAAUACUACCAUCUAAUUAUCACACAAUUGGAUUCUUUCUCUCUGGUUGUAAUAGAUAUAUUCUUUCUGUGCAUCUCCACCUCACAUGGAGGAGUAAUUGUGGUUGGCAGUCAGUGGUUCUCAACCUUUUCAGACAGCCCAGAAAAAUCGGAUCAGAGUCUGCAAUUCCUGUCCGAUUGAGACAGAGUCCGACAUUUAUGUUGGUGAAGGACUGAGUGUUACCCUGUCAGGCAUUUAUUACCAUGGUUACAGCUUGACUGUUUACCCUGAGCACUGGCAUGUACAGUGUAGAUGUCCAUUGAAAAGCAUUGUUCUAUGCACACAGAUAUAAAGUGAAAUAAGAUACACAUAUAUGUCAAACCUACGGUUACACCAAACUCAUACAGAACUGGAGUUACAUCAAAGCAGAAAGCACCAUGUCAAAUGAGGCGACUAAACCUGACCUGAACCCAGGCAUCAUUUCUGAAAUUUUGGAUGAAGGGCCCGGGAUCCAUGCUCUAGUCCUAACCACCAGGUUGAGAACCGAUGCAUUAGUUAACAUUGCUUCUGACAGAGACAAAAACAUGGCAGUAGCAAAGCAGAGUAGUUCUGUGGCACAGAAACAAUCAGUUGUUCCAUCUUGAAAACUGUAGUUUUGUGAUAUUUCAGCAGAUUAGACCCUUCUCAGCAGGCAGAAGUUAUAUUAAACAGUUUAAUUGAAAUCCGUAAUAAGAAUGAUUUCGAUCUGAUUUAGGAAUUAUUGUCCAUGUAGCCACAGCCAUUGCUUUUAAUCUUUGCUAUUCUCAAGAAACUCCUCUGUGGUUGGUGAACAACACGACCAUCCAAAUCGAAUCGACAGCAGCUCCUGUGCAGCAAACGCCAUCGGACACUUCAAGUGGGUCAAGGUUUGAAAUAAAUCCUCUCAAGGGUAUAACAGAGGGCCCCCAGGGUUUUUAUUUACCACAGCAUUGACAGGGGAACUAAAUUUAUCCCUCUAUUUCAGGGAGGGUAUAUCUCUCCUCCAGUGAAACCUUACGCCUAAUUACUGUGUCAAACAUCAACUCACAAUGUCAAGUGUGCUGUCAGAGUGCAAAUCCCAGAGCCUGCCCCUACUGCACUCAUGAGUUGUCGUCGGACUACGCCAAAUGAAGAUGUGACGGUAAUGAAGAACAAACAGACAAAAUGGGAUGGAUUGCGUUUUGAACCAGAGAAGAUGGCAGAUGGAUGUAUCAUUCAGAUGAGCUUAGUUCAGUGUUUAUACAGAAUGUAUUCAUAUUACUGUCCCCACAAUAUGGCAAAUUAUAUUAUACAGUAUGUGCAGACAGAGUAUAUGUAUAUUCCUGGAAAGUAGGUGUAGCUCACAUAUACUGUACACACGAAUGUGUUUUUAAUAUAUCAUUGUUAUUACUGUGGAAAUGUUAGCUUAGAGGGGUUCAGAUCAGUAUUCCUCACUGUAUAGAGCUGCCAUGCUCGCUCUCUGAAGGCAGUUUUCCACUCUGUCUAAUUCAGAUCAUUUUACAUUUGAAUCUACUGUUGUAUUGUCCUCUUUUCUCAACUUGACUUGCUUUUAGAAAAAGACAGGAACAGCAUAAGCUUCACAAUGACAGAAUGUGUGACAAAAUAAUCUCAUAGUUCACAUACUGUUUCAGAGCCGUCCAUUCAUCAGCGAAUGGAGCUCUCUGAAGUGCUUGUAUAUUUGUUGAAAGUAGAGCUAGGCCUUAUUACAGAUAUAUUGUAUUAACGCAUGUGCUGGCUGAAAAGAAACUGCAGGACAGGGAAUUGUGAGUUUGAGGUCCACAGCUAUGCUAGCAGCUCAAUGAGGCUGCGCUUAGCUGUGAGUAAAUGCUUAUAUCAGCAGGCUGACAUGCUCACGCUGCCAAUGUUAAGAGCAAUGUGUAAGAUAUGGCCAAUAUUUUAAUUUAAUUUGUAUGUCAAAGACGUCCAUGUAUUGUGUCGCAGAAAUGUUGAGUGAGGUUAGCAUGCUAACAAGCUAGCCCCCUCCUGUCUCCAAAUACAGCUCUGUACCAUAAGAGGCAACAGUCCCAUAGCCCCUGUAGUUUCAGCUUGGAGAUGCUGUAUAUGCCAGCGGAGAGUUCGCUAAUCAGACAAAAUGUCAAGAAAGGAAAUAUUUUUACACCUAUUUUCUCUUACUAAACAGAUAAAUAAAACUGUAGGCGACGUGUUUGAAUUUAUGUUUCUCCCUUACACUAAACUAAAAUGAGCUUAAUUGCCUCAUUAAUCCCUCUGUGAUCUGAGUUCAUGGUCCAGGCUCUCUUCAGUCUGCUAUAGCGCCUCUUGGCCACUUAACCAAGGAUAACUACAGCAAACAGUGUAGUUAGCAUCAGUUAGCAGUUAUAAUUUUUUUUGUUCCCUUCGAACUUCAAAUUAAACCUAUACAUGUUCAUGCUGAACAAAUAAUGAUUGCCAUGUUUUCCAUUGUACUGUCGCAUGUAAGCACGCUAAUGCUUGCGAUGCUAAUAUGUUCAUGUUUGCACAAAACACAAAGUGAAACUAAGGACAUUGGUGUUCUCAUUAGUUUUGUAAAAUUAUCAAAGUGUUGGACAAGUUAAAACUUUGACUUGAUGUUGGGCCGGGAUGAAAAAAUAAGAUAUCAAUUGAGCUAUUGCAGUUUAUCUUAUUGGGUCCAAAUUUAAAGUCAGGAAAGUCAGGGGAGGAGUUAGGAGAUAUCCUUUGAUGGCCAUGAAUGUCUGUACACAAUUUCACGACAGUACAUCCAGUAAUGAUAUUUUAGUCUCAACCGAAGUGUUGACAAAAACAGCAUUACCACCCUGAGAGCCAUGCAGAGCUAAAAACAGCUUCUCUAGUACCAAAUUAGUAUCAAAUACAUUUUUCAACUGUCAAAUGUCCCAUUCUGAGCAGUUUUAAGAAGUGUUUAUGUAAAUAAAAAAGGAAUCAACCAGUAUUUAUCAGACAUAAUUCUUUAUAAAAUAUAUUGGCCUCAGAAAAAGGUCAUAGGUGAAAGUGAUGGACCUUGAGUUGAGAUUAUUUCAUCACACGCGCUUUGUCUAGGGUCAAGAGUUUCAUGUUCCAGAAAGUAACAUAAAAUCUGAUCUUUAUCCAGGCCAGCGAACACACGCUGAAAUCUUCUAAAUGUAAAACUCAAAGAGAAUGUAAAUCUGUGAAUGUUAAAACUCAAAUGAUCUCUGAGAUGUGAGUUAGACGUUUGUGGAAAACUGUCUUGCACCCUGCUGAAAUGUAAGCUAUGACAGUGCAGGGCAGAGGGAGACUGCUGAGAUGUUCUGAUGGUACAAACUGAGCUCCACUGUAGGGUCAGGCUUUGAUGCCUUUAGACCUUGGUUCCCUUUAAAAUACACUGAGCCAUGAACUCUGGCACCCAGGCCCCAUGAACGCAGGCCAGUGUAUCCUAACACAGUGUCGAUAUUUACUGCGCCCAGGUGGGAUCUUUGUUCCCUACAAACAGCAUCAACAUCAGCAAAUAAAAGCCAUGUAACAUAUCUGUCAUGACCUUAAUACUUCAUCAACACUGUGGAUGUCACCAGAGAAGAAACACAGCACACCAUAAUCUUUGUCUGCUCAAACUGUAGUUGUCCCAAAUGGAGCCUGGGCGCCAAGAGAACUCAGUGAGAAAAGUGUGCAUGUUUACAGUUACUUUACAUUUAUUGAAAGAAUGGUUUUAGACAGUUAUAUUACAAUUGUAUAUAUUUGUUUACAACAUUUUACCUGAAGUUAACUUUCAUCACCGCAUGCCUGCUGAAACAAAAGGAGAGUGAACAAAACGCAGAGUGUGGAUCAGACUAUUCAAACUUAUUUCUUUGCUUAAAAAAUUCAAACUAUCCGCUAAAUUUAUUUGUUGUGGUUUUCUUUUCUUUUUUUCUUCUUUUUUUUUCCUGCAUGUUUAUGAUCAUGUGCAAGAAGAAGACGGUUAAGAAGCUAUUGUGUUACAUUAAAAAAGAAAGUACAAUUCCCAGAUGAAGUUUCCAAUAUUGCAUUAUCCAUCUGUAAUUUAUUGUCCAAUCAAAGGGAUUAGCAUCACGAAAAGCCCACGCAGAGUGUGUCUGUGUGAAAUUCCAAUGUGUGUCACAAGUCAUGUCUAUUCCUGUGCUAUGUGAAAGCAAUUUGCCUUCACAGAUAAAUGGACCGGCCGUGUGCUCGCAGGGCUCACGAGAGAAGAGCAGAUAUAGUAGAUAUCACCACGUGGCGUAGGCACAAUGAUGAAUGUAAAUUACUGAAAAGGAUUUGCUUUGACCCCGAUGGUCAACGGCUGACCCCCAGACAAACAAAACACAGACAGUUUUAUCAAUGUGUGCUAACUCAGCAUGUUUGUGUCAUCCUCACCUUCAGUUAGCAUCAGAACUCAGGGUAAUGGGCUGAUGUAAUUUGCUGCCGCUGAUCUGGCCUUUAUUAAGGAGGUGUCCAUUUUUAUCUGUAGGUUGAGUUUCCUGGGUUUCCUGAGUUUCAAAGGGGUUAGGGUUAGGGUUUUCUUUCAAAAUAAGGCAGUAAACCCUAUGAAAAAAGACCAGAACGUACAAUGUGUAAAUCCGUCUCUCUUGCCUGUAUUUGAUUUUUAUAGGCUCAGUAAUCUCCACAAACAGCUGAUCACUGCAGUCUUUUGUAGUCUUUCCAGCUGCGGAUUAAUACACAUGUGGAGCUCUGAGUUUUCUGUAGAAGCUGAAUGAAGAAUGUGUAACAACAUGAAGCAACAUGUCACCCAGUGCAACAGUACUGCUCACAGGUGUGUUUCUAACAGUGUUUGGACAAAAAGAACACUCAAAAUCAAACGUUGCGUGUAGCGUUUGCUGCAGGUAAUUUAAUUACAUGUACAUUGGUCAUCACAUAAAUCAACACAAAGGCACAUAUUUUCUUAAGUGUCAAGUCUGUGCAUAAAUUAAAGUUGACUAGAUGUGUGAUAUAUUACAGAGGACAGAAUAAUCAAGUAGAAAUGCGUUUAUGUAUAAUACUUGAACAAUAAACACUUGAAAACAACUUCAUGUUGUGUAGGAGUUACCCAUAAUUUUAUAUCUAAUAUUAUUUACUAUAUACACAGAGAAUCAACAUGACAGAAAAAAAUCUGUGACACUACAUGGAACCUACUAUGUAAUAUAAUUAGAUGAAAAAUACUUCAAGUCUAUGUUUUAAGUAAACUGUUUUAUGAAUGAACACUGAAUACUAGUUGAUACUAAGUAUGGCGUCAGUCAUUGGACCUUUUCACAAAAAGAAACCUAAUUUAUCAGCAGACUUAUCGCUUGUUUUCUUUUGCUACAAUUUAGACAGUGGAUAAUUGACUGGUUGACAUUCAUUAGGCCCAUGUAGGUCACCAGGUUCAGCAAUGAGAUAAUCCAAACAGCCAGACAUGUUAAAAACAUUUGUCUCUCGAGGGAUGACAUCCUAUAUGAUUUUUAAAGCGCAAAUUAGGAAAGAGGAUAGAAGACAUCCGACCAUGAUCAGGAGUCUCACAGUGAUGGUUCUCUCUCUCUCUCUCUCUCUUUUUUUUUUAAAUAGCAUGCAGUGUAUUGUUGUCACACCAGAAAUAUCUGUAUAGGAAUAUAUCUAUCAGGUACAUUAUUUAUAAGACCAAAUACAAUGAACAACCAAACAAGAAAAAUGAACCUGAAAUGCAGUAUGUAACCCAGGUAAGCUGAUUUUUAAACAGGUUGAAUGCUGGUGUAAUUCUCCCAGGAGAGACUAACUUGACAUUGGAGAGAGUUGCAUGAAAAUAUUGAUGACACUGUUAUGUCAUUGCUUUAAAUAUAGAGCUGCAGCUAGAAGGAAACUAGCUCAGCUUAGCAUGACACUAGGCGCAGGGAUAAACAGCCAGCCUGGCUCUGUAUUAAUUUAAACUCUCGCCUACGAAGAUCAUUAAUCAGCCUGUUGUAUUUUGUUUAAUCGGUGGACUUCAGGAUGUAACUAUUUUUUCACACCGCACAGAAGUUCUCAGGUCUCACCCUCUGAGAACUGCUGACCGCUGUCUUUGUUGCCUGGCUCCGGAAAAAGUUAUGCAACACUUUCCAAAGGUAACUGCAGUCAAACCUAAAAUGUAAAAUAGAAGAAGCUUCGCUCAAAGAAGAGAAGUUCUGACCAACUGCUGGCCACGUGCCUCUCACCACUCACUACUAAUAACAUCUACAUUAAAUCUAAUAUUAACACUGAUACAACAGAUCCUGCUCAGGUGCAGCUACAUGCAGUUUGUACCUGUUUUCACUUUCUAACAAACAGCUACAACUAUGUAACACAACCAAUAAAAUAUUAGUUAGGAUAUUAUGUGGUGUGACUGUAAGGUUAGCAGUCAGGGUAGCCAUCUUGAAAUGUACAUGAAAAGUACCAAAUCUGAAUUAUGGGUGGUAUGCACGUUGUCAGUUCUGCUGAGGAAUCUAAUCAUAGUUGGUCUCCAUGCAGGACCACAGAUUCUGACAUUUCUACUUACUUACAGGUGUUGGUUGGCAGGUUUUCUAACUUUGCUUGAGAGUCAAGCUGUUUGCCCCAUUUCCUCCCAUCUUUAUUCUAAGAUAAGCUAAUCACUCACUGGCUAUCUCCCCCCCACAUGUGUCUCUCCGAGACAGUUCCAACCAGUGCAGUGCGAUCCAGCUCUCAUUCUGGGACAUAAUGGCAGUAUUGGGUGGCAUCGGCAUAUAGUUGCUCUACAUGUACACUAAAUCAUCAAAUCAGAGAGAGACAGUUUACAGAGUGAAUCAGAAAUCAGAUACUAGAUAUCGCAGUAGCAGAGUCAUCACACAGCUUCAGGGGAUUAUUACAGGGGCUGAGAGGCUACUGUAUAUAACCGAGAGGACAGUUAAUCUAAUUAUAAACUCUAUGUCUGUGAUAUGAACCUUCUCCCUCAGGGUCUGUAUGGUAGGGGACUCUCAGCCCACAGAGGGUCAAGGGCAGACUGUCCCCCAUGCUGUCCAGGACCUGAUUGGAUGAAAGAGGCUGAAAAUCAAUAGUACCAGCCUCUGCAGUCUGCCCUGUGUCUGUCUCUACAGUCUGUCACCCUCACUGUUUCUUAGCUGGCAUUUUGAUGGAAAAAAGAAACGUUUCAUCAAAUAAACAGCGAUGG